UCCAACCCACUCUUUCUCCUCUUCCUCAGUCCUCCCACUCUCUCUAGUCUCUCCUUCUCUGCGACAUUACACGAGAAUUCUAUCCGAAAUCCAUGCUCACUUCAAAGCCACAUCUUUCAUGCGUGUUCUUCGGCUUUCCCGCCAUCUCCAAUUCAUCGUUUUCCGCAGAUUCAAAACAGACACCAUUUGUAGGUUCCUUUCGAGAUGGAAUGGUACAGGUUAGAAUUGGUUCUGAUAAUUUGGUAGCGAGAGCUCCUUUAGUGCCCCGUAUAAAGUGUAAGAAGAAAGAUGAAGAACCACCCUACAAAGAAAUAACUGUUGAACGUUAUCCCUACCAUUGUUACAUGGACUCAACGUCUGGGCAGCUUGAGCCGGCAUCUGGUGCCCGUGCUAGUAUUCCGGGACAGGACUACUGGCCGGAAGGCACUGCUGAGCGUGUUAGGGCUGCCAAUGCUCCAGAACCAACUGGCAAGUCAACUGGUUCACCUUCAUUUGGCAAGAAACCUGGGAGUAGGAGGAAGAAGUAUAGAACAUCUGCUGCUGCUGAAUCUUCUGAGGUGAGCGUAGAGUCAAACAAGCCGGAGAUACCUGAAACUUCAUUGGAAGAAUCUGAUGAAAAUUCUGAGGAAACAAUAGAAGGCUCCAAAGAUUUAUUGUCGGACUAUGUUGUUUAUAAUACCGAGGAGGAGGAAGAAGAAACUGGAUAUGAAUUAGAUAAGAAACUUGGACUACCACAUCCCUUUAUUGAUCCAAAAAAGAAGAAGAAGAUUGAGGGGACACUAACAAGUGAUGAGUUAUGGUGGAACUGGAGGAAACCCGAGGAGGAACAAUGGUCCAGAUGGCAAAGGAGGCGACCUGAUACUGAAACGGUUUUUCUGAAAGCAAUGGCCGAAACUGGACAAAUAAAACUUCAUGGUGAAAAUCCAACGCUGACAGAAUGCGCUCUUUACAGGGCUCGGAAACACAUUUACAAGGAAGAAAGGCUUCAAGCUGAACAAGACAGAUUUGAAAAAAUAGGUCCAAUAGCAUACUACUCAGAAUGGGUAGAAGCAUGGAAUAAUGACACCUCACUCGAAGCUAUUCAGAAACACUAUGAAGAGACUGGUGACGAUGAGAACACCCAACUAAUUGAAAUGUUUUGUCAUCAGACAGAGCGAGAAUAUCGCAUAAUGAUGGGGACUGAUGUUCGUAUACGUAGGGAUCCUUUAGCAAUGCGAAUGCGAGAGGAUCAGAUAAAACAAAUUUGGGGUGGAGAUCCAGUUUACCCCACAAUAAACUACAUUCAAGAUCCAGAUGAAAUAAUCGAUUUCAGGGGUCCAGAUUUUCAUGAACCAACACCAAAUAUGGUGGCUUACCUGAAAGAGCAUGGAAAAAUGGUAUCCAGGGAAGAGCUUGAGCAAAUGUUAGCUGAAGAAAAGACUGAACUACCCGUGCAAGUUAGAGACGUGGAUGAAGCCAUGGCACAGGCUGUUGACAUUGGCGAAAAUGAUGACGACGAAGAGGAUAGUGAGGUCGACGGCGAUGAAGAAGAAAAAGUUACACGCAAUUGGAGUAUUCUGAAAACUACUCCUCAGCCUCGCAGUUCAAAGGCUAAACCUAAAAAGGAUGGACCCAUGUCUCUGGAUGAAGCAAUAGAGGAUUCUGAAAACUUGACUGAUUUUCUUAUGGACUUUGACGAAGAUGCGUAAUGCUACACACUUCAAACCUGUCAAGCUUUUGUUUGUAGCAAAACCCCUCUUCAUCAUAUCUGAUUCACUUGGAUAAGUGAACACUGAAUGAAAAAUCAAUCUCACUGUUUUUGGAUCCUGCACACUAAAGAAGCUAAUGCAGCUAUUUGUGAUGAUUUGGGCUGUUGGUUUACAUAAAUACAUUCUUAGGAAUGUGUAAGGGGUCUCAGGCUUCAUUGUUGGAGUUCUCAAAACAUAGUCAAAAGAAACCAAAACAUAUCACUUAUCAUCAAAAGGUUAAAUGCUGCUUAGUGUAUAUAGCACCCAAGAUGGACAGCAUAAAAAGGAAAAUUUUAUUAGUGCUUUUGAUACCUUGGAUUAUGGAAGGUGGUAGAAAAAAGUCCUUGAUUUAAGAUUCCCCAUGCCAAGUGGAAUUCUAAAUGUAGCUAAUCUAAGAUCUCUCUUAUGUAAGCAGAUUACCC